AUGGCGAUCGGUGGAGCAAUUAGCAGUGGUGUUGAAAAUGUACAUUACAAUGGCAGAGUUACAGUGACCGUUAUGCUUUCAUGUAUUAUUGCCGCCACCGGUGGACUCCUCUUCGGCUAUGAUACUGGAGUUACUGGUGGAGUGACCUCAAUGGAGGCCUUCCUCAAGAAAUUCUUCCCUCAAGUCUACACAAACAUGAACUCCAAUACACAAGUCAGCAACUACUGCAAAUUCGACAGCCAGCUCUUGACGGCGUUUUCGUCGUCAAUCUAUGUAUCCGGCCUCAUUGCCUCUUUCUUUGCUUCGCGCGUAACUAUGGAGUAUGGCCGCAAGCGUUCUAUAAUCUGCGGUGGGAUCGCGUUUUUCAGUGGGGCCGCCAUUGGCGGUGCUGCCGAAAACCUCUACACGCUGAUGAUGGGACGUCUCCUGCUCGGAGUUGGAGUCGGUUUUGCAAACCAGGCUGUUCCGUUGUACUUGUCAGAAAUGGCUCCCUCGAAAUAUAGAGGAGCCUUCAACUUCGGUUUCCAAUGCUUUCUCAGCAUCGGGAGCACGGGCGCCUUCCUCCUCAACUACGUCACCUCCAAAAUCAGUGGCGAUCUCGGGUGGCGAAUUUCUUUGGCUACGGCUGUCGUCCCUGCCUCUGUCCUCAUCCUCGGCACACUCUUUCUCCCCGAGACCCCCAACAGCCUUAUCCAACGGGGGCACGACACGGAGGAUGCCAGGAAGCUCCUCCAGAAAAUUCGUGGGUCGGACGAUGUGGAGGCUGAGCUGGACGACCUCCUUUCUGCCACGUAUGCAGCCCAGCAGAUGAAGGCCCCGUUUGGGAAGAUCCUGAAGAGGCGUUAUCGACCCUACCUGGUAAUAGCAGUGGCUAUCCCAUUCUUCCAGCAGAUGACGGGGAUUGCGGUUAUAUCUUUCUACGCCCCAAUUCUGUUCCAGACGAUCGGGUCAGAUGAAAGUGGGUCUCUCAUGUCUUCCCUGAUAACAUCCUCCCUCGGGAUUGUCUCCACGGUGCUCUCGUCCCUGCUCGUGGACCGUGUUGGUCGGCGGGUCAUCUUUGUUCUUGGUGGGGUCCUCAUGUUCGCCACCCAGAUGGGGAUUGGGGGGAUCAUGGCCGAGAAGCUCGGAGACCACGGGGCAUUGAGCCCGGGCUACAAUUCUGCAAUUGUGGUCUUGAUAUGCGCGUAUGUGACGGCGUUUGGAUUCUCGUGGGGCCCGCUCGGGUGGCUGGUGACGAGCGAGAUCUUCCCAUUGGAGAUACGUUCGACAGGGCAGAGCAUAACUGUGGCAGUGAGCUUCUUAUUCAGUUUCGUGAUAGGGCAGGUGUUUUUGGCAAUUCUGUGCCAUCUCAAGUCGAGGACAUUCUUCUUCUUCGGGGGAUGGGUGGCGUUCAUGACGGGCUUCGUUUUCUUCCUACUGCCGGAGACGAAGAAUGUGCCGAUCGAGAAGAUGGAUAGGAUAUGGAGGGAGCAUUGGUUCUGGAGGAGGUAUAUGAGUGAUGACGAUGAUGAUUUGGAUUGGAUGGAGGACAACAUUGAGGAGCCCUUGUUGAAAUCCACCAGAUAA